AUGGCGGCUUCCAUAGGAAGCGGCCAUAAAAAUGAAUCAGAAGAUGAGGACUGGAAUAAGGUAGUAAAGAAUAAAAAGAGAAGACCAAAUCAUUUUGUUGCCAUCCGUGUAUUAGAUUCUAAGAUUCAUCUUGCCGCUAAAGAAUUUCAAGAAACAGUUUUAAAAGAAAAUGAAAAGUUGAAACCAGCAUUAAUUCCUUUAAUCUCACUACACAUAACAAUGGCUGUGAUGCAUUUAGAUGAUCCUUUGAUAGAAAUUGCAAAAGAUUCUUUAGAAAUGUGCAAGGAAAAAAUAAAUGAAGCUCUUGCAGAUGUUAAUUUUAGAUUAACAUUUUGUGGGGUUGGAAACUUCAAUAAUCAAGUAGUUUUUGCAAAGAUUCAAGAGAAGGAACAAAUUGAAUGCUUGAAGACCAUUAAUAGUGUGAUUACUGAAACAUUUCAGAAAAAUGGGAUUUGUCUUAGUAAUAAGAGGGAAUAUAACCCACAUUUGACAUUGAUGAAAUUAUCAGGAAUGAGUUCACUUGGAAAAAGUGGAAUAAGGAAAGUGGAAGAAAAAGUUUAUGCAUCCUCAGUUGAUUCAUACUUUGGCAAUGAAAUUGUAAGAAAUGUUUAUUUGUGUUGCAUGCAUGGGGAUAAGGAAGAUGAUGGUUUUUAUAAAUGUCUAUCAACAAUAACAUUUUCUAACAGCCCUGAAAUGAGUGAAUCUAAGAGUGACAAAUAA